AUGGUUGUUUCUUCUGAAUCUGUUGUUGUCAUCACCAUAGACACUCCCAGCAGUGGCAACUCUUCUCUUAUUGCCAUCAAUGUCGGCUCCCAGCUUCCAUUAAAGCUUACCCCUUCCAACUUCCCUUUUUGGCGCUCCCAACUGACGUCAUUGCUUAUUGGCUAUGACCUUCAGGGCUAUAUUGACGAUACAACCAUUUGUUUGUCACGAACCAUUUCUCCUAGCACCUCCUUUGCUAGUUCAUCUUCAGCAGAUGUCUCCAAUCCAAUUUUCUGGCGUUGGCUUAAGCAAGAUAAGCUGAUCCUCCAUGCCAUCCUUGUAUCUGUCUCCGAGCCGGUUAUAUCGUUCAUUGCCACUUCCACCACUGCUCAUGAUGCUUGGUCCAAGUUGCAACGAUUGUACACCAAUCGUUCACGCACUCAUGUUAUACAAAUUAAGGUGAGAGUCUCGCUUGGUCUUAGAGUAUCUCCACGCCAUCAAGCACCAUGGGAAAUUCACACCCUAAAUCACUACCCCAACAAAUCACUACCCCAACAAAUCACUCAUCAGGUAGAAGACGAAAAUGCUUCCACUUUCACUUGUGAGAUAUGCAUAGAACCCAUUACGACGGCGGCUCGGAAGUUCAAUAACGGUGGAGCCUGCGCUCACCCCUUCUGCUCCGACUGCAUUGCCCAGUACGUCCGCGUCACCGUCUAUGACAACGGCGUCGCCGAAAUCAGGUGCCCCGGCCUGGACUGCAGGCUGCUCCUGGACCCCCUAGCCUGCCGACGGAUCCUCUCGGCGGAGCUCUUCGUGAAAUGGUGCGACCUCCUCUGCGAGAGGGUCAUUCUAGGGCUGGAAAAAUGCUACUGUCCUUACGCCGAUUGCUCGGCUCUGAUCAUCGACGAGUGCGGCGGCGGUGGCGGCGGAGGACGAGGGAAGAGAUGGGAGUGCCCCGGCUGCCGGAAGGCGUUCUGCUUCCGGUGCAAGGCCCGGUGGCACGCGGGUUACCGGUGCCGGGAAAUUGGGGAUGUGAGAGACGCGAACGAUGUGGUGUUUGGGGAAUUGAUGGAGAGGAAGAAGUGGGUGAGGUGUCCUGUGUGUGGACGGUGUGUUGAGCGUCGUUCUGGUUGCUUCCAGAUUCGCUGCAGGUGUGGGACAGACUUCUGCUACAAAUGUGGGGAGAAGAUCUCUAGGUCAGGCUGUGGGUGUACCACUGUAACUGCAGGCUGCCGUUUGGUUUCUUUUGGGAUAUCUUUUAUUUUUAUCUUCUUCUUGUUUUACCUUUCUUUUGUGUAUUGUUACCACAAAAUUCAAUCCAAAGAUUAACCAUGGUCCAAAAUUAUAAAUAAAAAGUAAGAUCAUUGGUUCAAA